AAAACAUACCAAAGAUUAUAUUGAAGAGAGGGAGAUGGAGAAUUAUCAUAUUCCAAAGCGUUCCACAUAAAUUGAAAAUGAACAUAAAAACGGGAAAGAGUUUGAGAGAAUGUUAAAGAAAAAGAGAGAAGCAAAAUUGGAUGAAUUCUUCGUUCCACUAAAUACAUACACAAAACAAAAAAUCCAUCGAAAACGGGACAUACAAAAUAUACACAGCGAAUGAAAAGAGGAACGAACAAACAGACAAAAACUGAUGGCAAAAUGUUGGGGAGUUUUUCAAAAUAGUAAAAUAUACGCGAAUUCAAAUUUCAAUUCCUUACAGUUUGUUCGUAGGCUUUGAUCGUCGCGGUCAUAAUCAGCGGAUGCACUUUUCUUUAGUUUUUUGAAAAAUAAAUACAAAAAUAUUACAAGUUUUUUUCCCACAUCAAAAAAAAAACAAAAAUAUAUUUUUUAUUUCUGUUUUUUAUAUUUUUUCUGUGGAAAUAUAAAUAAGUUCUGUUUGUUUUUGUGUGCAAAAAAUUGUAUAAUUGAGUUUAUGCAUCCUAAAUGAUUGAAAAAAGCAAAAGAAGAUAAAAACAACAGUUAUACACUCAAGUGCCCCCCAUUUAUUUCAAAACAAAACACAAAAAAAUAAAUAAUUGGAAAAAAGUGUUUUGAAAAAUUUAUAAAAAAAAAAACAAGUGCAGUUAUGAUAAAUUCAUCAAAAUAAAAGAAAUAGAAGAAAAAACAACAAAGUGAUUUUUUAAAAUCUGAGAAAAAAAAAAAAAAGUUUGGAGAGCGUUUUGUGGAUUAUUCCAGAGACCACUCGAAGAGUGCGCGAAAAAUUCAAAAAGAAAAAUAAUACAAAACUGUUAUUAUUUAUUUAUUUAAUUUAUUAUUUAUUUUUUCUUGUGAAAAUUGGAGUUAAUUUAAAGCCUCCUAAUGAAAUGUAAAAGUUGGUUGAAUGAAUUCAACAAUUUUGUUGUCCGUAAAGUGAAAUCGAUAAAGAUAAACGGUCAACAACAAGUUCUAAGUAACACAAUGCCAGCUAUGCCAAAAGAAAAAUCUACACCCGUAUCGUUGAGUGAGAGUAAUUUCUCAGAAUUAGAAAAAAUGAAAGAACAAUUGAUGAUGGCUACAUCAACUCAAUCAAAUGUACCAACAUCAAAUUCAACAAAUAGUAAUAGAUACGGCAAUGGUGGUGACCAUCAUCAUCAACAACAACAGCAGCAACAAUCACAUCACAGAAAUAGUGUUUGUGGAUGUGGUGCUAUAUCGGCACCAAUUGAUACAAUAAGUCGGAUACCAACAGUGUUGACAGCUAAUUCAACAGUGACAGCUACAAAUGGAACAACGCCAUGUUCAACAACACUCAACACAACAACAGCUACAAUGACUUGUUCGAGAAGCAAACAACUUCAACAUCAUCAACAUCAUUACCAUCAUCAACAUAAUAAUCAUCAGCAACAACAACAGCAGCUAAAUGGAAAAACAAAUCUCACAACAACAGACUCCAAUAAAUUAUCAUCAUGUUCAUCAUCAUCAUCAUCACCAAUAAAAACAACAAAUACAUCUACGUCGCCAGCAUCAUCAUCAUCAACAACUCCACCAACAGCAGGAACAACACCACCAAAGAAAUCCCCCAAUGACUUUGUAUUUGGCAAAGUUAUUGGCGAGGGAAGUUUUAGCACAGUCUUUUUGGCAAUGGAUGUUCACACAAAACGUGAAUAUGCAAUUAAAGUCUGUGAAAAACAACACAUAAUUCGUGAACGCAAACAAGAAUACAUUAGACGCGAACGUGAAGUCAUGAAUGUUAUGACCAAUGUGCCCGGUUUUGUGAAUCUCUCAUGUACGUUCCAAGAUAAUCGUUCACUUUACUUUGUAAUGACCAUUGCCAAAAAUGGUGAUCUCCUGCCGUAUAUAAAUAAAGUUGGUUCCUUCGAUUUGGACUGUACACGUCAUUAUGCUGCCGAAUUAGUAUUAGCCUGUGAGAAUAUGCACAAACGUAAUAUUGUGCAUCGUGAUUUAAAACCUGAAAAUAUUCUACUCGAUGAGAAUAUGCAUACAUUGAUUGCAGAUUUUGGUUCAGCGAAGAUAUUAGAUAAUGAAUCAAUGACAUCAUCAUCAACCAAUACAACAGGAGGAGUUACAUCAUCAACAACAACAUCUACACAACAACAAACAUCAUCAACACCUUCAUCACCUGCAUCACGAUCAUCAUCGAUCGACAAUAACCAACAACCUGGUAAUUUUCGUCGAAGAAAAAAUAGUUUUGUCGGUACCGCCCAAUAUGUAUCACCUGAAGUGCUCCAUAGUCAACCCAUUCAUCGAACAGCCGAUUUAUGGGCAUUGGGUUGUAUUAUUUAUCAAAUGAUAUCUGGUUUGCCACCAUUCCGUGGCAGCAAUGAAUUUAUGAUAUUCAAAGAAAUUCUCAAUUGUAAUUUGGAAUUCCCAGAGGGUUUUGAUAAAAAUGCCGAAGAUCUAGUCAGAAAAUUGCUAAAGCUUAAUCCAAAUGAAAGACUUGGCGCUCAUGAUAAAUGUGGAUUUUAUGAGAGCAUUCGAUCACAUCCAUUCUUUGAUGGUGUUAAUUUUGAUACAAUUCGUGAACAAACACCACCCACGAUAUGCCCAUAUUUGCCAGGUGUAUCAAAGGAUGAAGAAUUAUUUCGUAGUCAAUAUCGUGUACCAGAUGAUUUGGAACCAGGUUUAGGUGAUAGGCAAUUAACACGAUUGUUGGGUAUGGAAUUGGGUACAUCAUUGGAUGGUUAUGAAGCUAUAGAGCGAAAGACUGUUAGAAAAAAUAUAUUUGAUCUGUCCGAUGCGGAAAAACAAAAACGCCUCGAACAACAAAAGUCUGACAAAUGGCAUCCAUUUGCCAAAGGUGAAGUUAUCCUAAAGAAAGGUUUCGUUAAUAAGCGAAAAGGACUCUUUGCUAGACGUCGUAUGUUAUUGCUUACAACUGGACCUCGAUUAAUUUAUAUUGAUCCAGUGCAAAUGAUUGAAAAGGGUGAAAUUCCAUGGAGUUCAGAAUUGAGAGUUGAACCUAAGAAUUUUAAAAUCUUCUUUGUGCAUACGCCUGAUCGAACAUACUAUCUUGACGACCCCGAAGGUUUUUCACUUCAAUGGGUGAAUGCCAUUGAAAAUGUUAGUAAUUUAACUUAUAACGUUCAGCAGCAAGAUUCAAAUAAAAAAUCAUCGUCGUAACUUAUAUAAAAAUCAUCAACAACAAAUAAAAAUAAAAAACAACAUCAAAAUAAAUAAAAUAAAAUAGUUACAUCAAAGACGUUCUUCUUUAAACAACAACAACAUCAAUUAAAACAACAACAAUUGAAUUAAGAAAAAAAAGAAAGAAAACCUUUGGCAUUGUUGAAUUACACACAGACACACAUACAUCGAACACUAUUGUGCUUGCUUAUAUGUGAAAUUUCUGAUCAUUGCCAAUCCACAUCAACCAACAAUAUGAGAGAGAAAAAGAAAAUUUAAAAACAAAAAAAUAAAAAAAAGCAUCAACAACAACAAACAACAAAAUAAAAUCUAAACAUCUGCUAUUUGAAGUUUAAACAAAAUAUACUAAAUAAAUUAUUUAGGUUAUAUAUUAUUAUUAUAUUUGUAGGUAGUCACAAUUUAAUAAAUUAUAUUUACCUUUUCUCCUUAAAAAAAAAAAACAAACUCCUACAUUUUCCAUACCCCCAAAUUCUUGUUCAUAAACCAUAUUUUUUCCUACUCCCCUUUAUCCCCUGAAAACAAAAAACAAAUAAAAUCUUACAUUUUAUCCUCAAUUUGUAAAUAAAAUUAAACAUAAAUUAAAUCUAGAAAUGAAAAAAUACACUAAAUCACUAUAAAAAAAAAAAUUAAAAAAAAUGCAUCUACAUGUACAUAAUAUUAAUUUAAAGCAAAAAAAUAAACCAGAUAAAAUAGUAAUUUAAUUAUAAACAAAAAAACAAGUUUGCCCUACAUAGAAACAAAUAAGACUUUAAACAAAAUAUUUAAUUUUAAUUAAAAAAAGUAAAGAAAAGUUAAAGUAAAUUUAAAUGAAAACAAAAAAAUAGUUCUUAAGUAAUUUUAAUUAAAAAAAAAGAAAACUUAAAAUCAAUUUUUUAGUUAAAUUUCACUUGUUUUUUUUUUUUGUCCUUAAAAAAUAAUUUAAACAACAAGCAUCUCAUUCUCUUUUUCUUUGUUUAUAUCUCAUUAAAUUAAAUUAAAUAAAAAAAAAACACUGAUCAAAAAAGAUAACACUUAAUUUAAAUAGAUAAAAUAGUUAAAAACAAAAAUGAUUUAAGUCUCAAUCUCUUUUUGAUUGAAGAUUAAACAAAAAAUUUAAAUUAAAAUAGAGAGAGAGUAAGAUUUUAGCAAAAAAAUAAAAAAUACAUAAAAAUUAAAACAAAAAAAAAAACAAA